CUUUCCCUCACUUUAAAUAAACUAUAGAAUCGUUGCCGCGUCACGGUCAGACUUAAACUUGAGUGUAUCGAAUGUGAUCAUUUAAUUAAGCCACCAUGGACAUAAUAAGAAAUCGCUUAUCUUUUUACUGUCAAGGAAAAGCAAACUGAUGGUUUUUCGAUGACAUGCCAUUCGUCAUCAGACGGCGACGCUAGAUACCUUCUUAAAGCUGUCACGUUACUACGUGUGUGUAUUUAAAUAGGUUGUUGGGUACCGUUUUUAUGAUUAUGUGUAACGAGUUUUGACUGUUUAUACUGUAUCUAAACAUUGUUUAAGUAAAUGAGAACAAUUGCCAACGUCUGACCAUGUGUGAAGUAGACGAAAACUACGGCGAUAUCUUGGAAAAAAGGACGAUACCAUGCGUCUCUCAGAUGUGUAUGAAAUGUAAAGCGAACAGUGCUACGCUGAUUAUCCGAGCUGGAGAUGCUUUUUGCCGAGGCUGCUUCAAGGAGUAUUAUGUGCAUAAGUUUCGCGCCAUGCUCGGAAAGAAUCGCCUCAUAUUUCCUGGUGAGAAGGUUCUCCUUGCCGUGUCCGGUGGCCCUGCCUCCAGCUCCAUGCUUGCGCAGGUCCAACAGGGUUUGAGCCAAGAUGUGCCGAAGAAAUUAAGAUUUGUUCCUGGAAUAGUCUAUAUAGAUGAGGGAGGGGCUACUGGCCAGAGCAUGGAAGCGAGACAGAUGGCAAUUGCUCAGUUGGAGUCCAUAUUCCAAGGCACUGGCUUUCCCUUUCAUAUAGUCCACCUGGAGCAGGUGUUUGGUCUGCCGGGAUCGGUCCUGGAGGCUGCAUCUCCAACCCCCACAGGGACCGAUGGGAGUUAUAAGAGCGCUGUGCACCAGUACAUCCAGAGUGGCAGCACGGGUGGAGCCGGUCCGUCGGAAGAGCCGGUGCUGGAUGCCCAGCUGGGCACCAUAGAAACGCCAUCUUCACAGCAUUCCCAGGCCCUGGAGAGGCUGUUUUCUUCUGUGAGGACGCUCACCGCCCGAGAGGACUUGCUGAUGACCCUCAGGCAGCACCUGAUCGUGCACACGGCGAGGACGCAGAGCUACUCCAAGGUCAUGAUGGGGGACAGCUGUUCCCGACUGGCCGUCAAGCUGCUCAGCAACAUUGCUCUGGGCCGAGGGGCAUCGCUGGCCACGGAUACGGGCUUCUCAGACUCUCGCCAUGGGGACAUCAUGGUCGUCCGGCCCAUGAGGGACUACACUUCGAAAGAGAUCGCUUUCUAUAACCGCAUGUUCUGCGUUACGUCCGUGUUCAUCCCCAGCCUCGACACCAAGGUUCCGGAGAAGGCCAGCAUUCAGCACCUCACCGAGAGCUUCGUCACCACACUGCAGACCGACUUCCCCUCCACUGUCAGCACCAUCUACAGGACAAGUGAAAAACUUCAAACAGCCUCUGUGCCCCAGGACCGCGAUGCUGGGCUGACUGCCAGGUGCCUGCUGUGCCUGUGCCCAUUGGACACGACAUGCGACAAGGCUUCUGCCUUCCAUGCCACCCUGGUGUCGGAGAAGCUCUCCCAGAAGCUCCCUGCCGAGGCGGCUCCACCCAAACAGGGCUGCUCCUCGUCCAUGGGGCGGCAGGGCAAAGAUUGUGGGGCACUGACAGAUGGAUGCUGUUCCUCUGACAGGAUGGGCCACGUCCCGGAGCUCAAGAGCCUGCUUUGCUACAGCUGCAGACUGACCAUCCAAGACACGACGGCUGUCGACAGCCUGCCCCCUUAUAUUUUAACCGAAGCGACACGCCGAAUGCAAAGGUCCCAGAUGAGAGAGGAAAUCGCUGAAUUCCUGUUGGAGGAUGACGACAGCUGAGGAGCCCCUGAGGAUAGCUGGGACGAUUCAGUGUCGUUGCGCUUUCUGUGUCUGGCGUCAUUUGGAUCAUUUGACACAGACUGUUUGUGGUGCGGGGUCAGGAGGCAUAAGUCAGGCUUCAAUUACUUUUGUAAAACCAAUUAAAUAUUGGUACAUUGCACCA